AUGGCUUCCCAGCAGAAGAGAACGCACAUGGGACAUUCCCAUGGACACCACCAUCACCAUCAUGACAACACAUACCUUACUAGCACCAACAAGAGCGAUCCAGGGGUACGCAUUACAAGAAUUGGAUUAUACGUGAACUUGGGCAUGGCAAUAGCAAAGGGCGCAGGUGGAUACGUCUUCAACUCGCAAGCGUUAACAGCAGAUGCAGUCCACGCAUUGACAGACAUGAUCUCUGAUGUAACGACACUCGCUACCAUAUCCUAUUCGCUUCGCCCAGCCACUACGCGGUUUCCCCUAGGCUACGGCAAGAUCGAAUCGCUUGGCGCCCUGGCGGUAUCUGGCAUCCUGUUGACUGGAGGUCUGAUGAUAGGCCUGCAGGCUGUCAUGGCGCUCACUCAACAGUUCUUCCCUCAGAUCUUUGAGAUGCUCUCUCAUACGGGUAUCUUCGAGCAUGCACAUCAUCAUGGCCAUGAUCACGGACACAUCGACUUGGGACCCAACAUCAAUGCUGCUUGGUUGGCAGCUGGGAGUAUCGUUGUCAAGGAGUGGUUGUACCGAGCAACCAUGAAGAUUGCCAAGGAGAAGCGAAGUAGCGUCCUGUCCAGCAAUGCCUAUCACCACCGAGUAGACAGUCUGACUGCCUUCGUCGCUCUUUUCACCAUCGUUGCCAGCCACUUCUUGGAGAGCGCACGCUGGCUCGAUCCUGUCGGCGGUCUGAUCAUUAGCGGCAUGAUUGUUCAGGCCGGUUUCGUCAACACCAAGUCUGCCUUGCUGGAGCUUGCGGAUGUGGGUAUGGAUGAGGACGCUAGGGAGGGUGCCGAGACAGCCGCAAAGGCCGCCCUGGAGAACAACGACGCAGAAGUCCGCGGUGUGCAAGGCAUCAAGAGCGGUCAAAACCUGAUGUUCGAGGUCGAAGUGGGUGUUCCAGAGGACUGGUCCGUUGCACAUUCCAACGACAUCGAAGUCGAGAUUCGAGACGCUAUUGUUGAGAAGGUCAAGGGGACGAAGCGAGUCAACAUUCGAUUCAUCACAAAGGGAGCAGACCAGGUACCAUUUGCCGAUCAAUUUACGCAGAAGGACCAGGAACUGCUUGAGGAUGACCACGAUCACGACCAUGACCACGAACACGAGCACGGCCAUGAUCAUGAUCAUGAUCAUGCUCAUAGCAACGGGCACACGACAUCCAGCUCGACGACCAACGGUACUGCCCAGAAGCGCAAGUGA